GCCCAACAUCGGAACGUCGAGACAAGAGCGAUGGCCGGCGCCCGCUUCGUCACAGCCCACGCGUGCUGCAAGGACGAACUCUUUCGCUCCGACUACAUCCGGACCAACAAGGCGGGCGGCCUCAAGAGCCUGAGGUGCUUUCCGCAUUGCUGCCGCGGCCAUCGAACCAAGACAUUCUGCGGGACGGGCGUUGCGGUCGAGUGCGACGUGCCCGAGUGCACGCUCGUGUACAGCUACUUUGCGUGCAACGACUACGACCACGAGAAGCAGCGCCAGAACCUGAGCCCGUAUGCGCACGAUAGCAGUGGCAAGGAAGACGCGCCGAUUGCCUUUGCUGUUGGCAAGCGGUACCGCGUGGCGGAUUUCGAGUCGCUCGUCAAGACAAAGGACAAUCUCUUCGGCCCGAUCUUCCCGGGCGCGCGGCAGCGACUGCCGGACGCUUCGACGGCGCAAUUUGUCAUCAACGGUGAUCGACAGUGCUGGCACUACGGCUGGUUCUCGUCCCGCGUCGGGAACAAGUACACGCACUGCCUCAAGGUCUUCUUUUUCCGGCCGGUCGCGGGAGCAAAUGAGAUCGAGUGCAUUGAGACGAUUCAAAGCAACGACUUUCACAUUCGGUCGAGUCGUGUCGUGCGCAAGCAGACUCGCCUCGAGCGCCAUAGCGUGGUGAACGUACCGUCGCCCGUCGACGUGGACGAGGACGAAGUGACAUGCUCGUCGUCGUCGUCGGAGCGCAAGGAGAAGAACGAGUCUUCUGCCAAAUCCAGUCGCAAGCGGGAUAUUCUAUGCCUCCUCAACCCCAACUCGCCCCGCGUGACGGAAAAAAUUGCGCGGCUUCAGCACGUGUCGCCGUCGGCGGCGAUUCAAGGGCGCGCGCUGCCGCCGCUGCUUGGGCUCUCCUCGCUCGUCCAGCGCGCCAACGACGUGUAUUUCCUCGUGCAAGUGCUAAGCCGCGUCGCCGAUUUCCAUACGGCGGGGCGGGAGAGCGACGAUGACAACGGGCGCGUCACGCGCAAGUACUUUUCGCUGACGCCGUUCCACUUUUUCUUUGUCAAGUCGCUCACGCUCGAGCUGCCGCUGUCGUGCCCGCGCAUCACGUGCGGGUCGCCAAUGGAAGGCGUCUUCUCCGUGCUUGUCGCGGGUGUCGAGCGAGCCAUCGCGCGUGGAUUCCUCGCCAAGCUUCGGGACUUUGUCUUGCGACACCCCAAGGACUUGCUCGAGGCGUACAGCACCUUCCUUCGCUUCUUCGAGGACGAGCUCGUGCUCAUGGCACAAGAGCUUCCGACACAGUGCCACACAAUGAGUGAUCUCGUCGAGUACGUCGCAAGCACAUUCGUGCACGAGCUUGGAGAAAAGUACAAGGAGCUGCUUCCGGCGAGGACUUAUGCGACGGAGCCGUCCGUUGAUGCGCUUUACCUCGGGAAGGAGCUCGUGGCUGCUUUGGCGUCGUCCUCGACAGCGCCGCAGUGGAGCCCAACACUCAAAAACAACGCCUUUUCUUCGCUCACGGGCAAGUGGACGCGCCUCUCCCUGCAGUGCCGCAUGCAGCCGCAGCGUCACCCGUCGUGGCUCUACCGGCUCUUGACCGACGUCGCGUCGCGUACGUGGAGCAUCGACGACCGCGGCGACGAGAUGCUGAUUCUGUGGCCGGGGAGCGUUGGCACGUCCCACAUUAUCCACAAACUCUGCGGCAAGCACCGGCACUUGGGCCAGUCGCCGUAUGGUCUCCGGUCCGAGUGCACACAGCUCGUGGGGUACCUCGGGAAGCGCAACUUCCGAGACAAUACGGUCACGCUCGAGUACUACUACUGGCCCGCGGACGAAGCCGACUCGGCAUCGAUGCGGAAGCGUCUCACGCGGCACUUUCGCACGCACCCGGACCACCCGCAUCUGCUCGAGAUCCACAACGUCCUCGAGGUCUGCAAGUGCCCCGACGCGAGCGACGAUCCGCUGACAGCGGUGGCGCGGCUCAACUACCCCGGCGACUGGCGCCUCGAGUCGAGCUCCAUGGACACGUACGAGCGGACGCCAUAGAGAUAUAUUUGUAGCCAAGAUAACACAACGCAUAUUUAUCCUUGACCCGCCAA